AUGACUGAACACCCUCACUCAGCCACACCAUCUGCAGCCAGACGUGUUACCCUUGAGAUUAGAAGCAGUUGCUCUCGCCCCUGCCAAAGACCGGACACAAACAGUAUGGAUGUGGAUACAGCUCCCAUAAGACAAUCAUCCAACCUCUUGCCUACAGACGCAAGCCCUUCAUACUGUCGCGAUACCGUGAGAGAGGAUCAACCACAGAAUACUACCAAGAAAACGUCUCGGGCUCGGCCAUCUUUUUCGAAGACCAAGGGUUGCUGCGAAUUCAACUCGCACAAGUGCUCGAGAUGCUCCCCAUCCUAUCGAGUGGAAAAGAAGUAUCGCAAUCAAAGUCAGUUGACUCCGGGUCUAUUUGAUAAUUUACGAUCCCCAUCCAAUUCCGAAGACGCUGUACCUAGAUGGAUCCCAGCUUGUGAUCCAUCGACUCGCGACAGUCAGCGACAGUAUUCUCCUCUUGAGAGGUUUCAUCUGGAGGAUGGAGUCUCAUGCAUCGUGGAUCUUGGGAGUGGUCAGCUAAAUAUUUCCCAACCACGCCACUACUUGGCCUUGGCUAUGGUCGACAAUCUCUUUCCCUAA